AUUACUAAAUGAAAAUUUUGCGACGAAAUGACCAUAUCAUUUUCGUGGAACAAAUUCAUCAUCACUCGUUUAUUGAGAUUUCAAGUUCUGAUCGCCGUUUUCUUUUAUUAUACUCUUUGUUUCGGUAGUUCAUGAUUAUUAUAAUGUUACAUCAUGUGGCAUAUGCUUUUUAGAGUAAAUGUCUCGAAGUCUUGCUGUUGAAUUUAAAAAAAAAAAGACUUGGGUAACAUUUUACUCUCAAACACGUAUUUGCUGCGUUCAAAAAAUGUCAAAGUUUGCCCGUACGAGUGAUAUUCUUUCAAAAAGAAGCCCGUCGAGUUAUGAAAUUUGAUUUAAUUUAUAUGUUUUCAUAUUGUUAUUAGAAUAAAAACUUUGUGACGUAAUUAAUUCUCUAAACCGGAACUUGAACCCGGAACUUUUUAAGCGCCCUAUUGAUACAAAAAUAAUUACAAACGUGCAACAUGCCGUCGCCAGAUGCGGAGGAGCACUUGAACCGUCGAGAAGUUCUCCUCUUGCAUAAAACCUGAUGCUGGUUCACGGUGGGCGUUUAUAGUACAACAUAUCCCGUUCGCCUUAGGGUGCUGUGAAUAUUUUCUUUUAUCUUACGAAACAAAGUAUUUACUAAUUCACUCUUCGCGUUAAAAGCACUAAUCUUUGUGUAAUUCGAAAAAUAUUAGCAAAUAUAUAUAUAUAAUAAACACAUUUUAUUAUCUGAAUCACUAAAAUAACAUCGAUCACAAGCUUUGUCGACGGUAAAGGAUCUCUCCGAGGUCCCGAGCGCGUCUUUAUAAAUAAAGAAGCAGGUGUCCCGACGCGAGACACGGGAUACGAAGGGAUAGCGGAUGAUGUCUCUGUCUUUCGUGGGACCGGACCCUGCAGGGUGGUAGGGCCCGGUGUAUGGUGUAUUCUAUGCAUCCAUACAUAUUCUCACCGAAGAUCACCAUAGACAUGCUAUUUUUGAUCCCAACGCUUUGUGGGAGGGUGUCUCUCGCGAUAUCCUGCUUCGUCAAAGCACAUGGCUUUGGUUCCUCAGACCUCGGGCAGUCGCUGUUCCGGCUUAGAACCGUCAACAUUGCUUUACCGAUUCACCGCGGUCCGUUAAUUUUACUACUCUGUUAUGUCUGACAAUUAGUACAGUUUAAGUUUUACGCGGUGCCUGUAUAUGUACGGCAUUGACAGCUUGUUUUUACUUCGCUAUUUUUACCUCGAUAUUUUUUUUGACAAUUAUCACCUACGUCUGUGAUCGUACGUCAGUGGUUCUUUAGUGUGAAUUGUGAAUAAUGAUGUGCUUUUAAUUGUUUUUUCUUUUCUUUUCUUUUUUUUUCCCUAUGCCAACUUUUUUACGGUAAUUAAAAUUAUGAGUCUGAUAUUCCAACCACGGUGUUCGGGGUGUCGACUUCUUUUGAAAAUGAGGGAAUUUAUUUAUUCGACGUAAUUGAGAAGAUAAAUAUACAUAUAUCCCAUCGAAUUGGCGAGAUACGAUUUUAUGUUUUUGGAAGGAAAUGACGAGGAUAUUUGAUUGGAAGUUAAAUGCUAUCUCGAGCAUUUUCAAGCCACGUUGCUAAGGGUUUAAAGUUACCGAAAGAGGGAAAAAAAACAAAAAAACAUUUCGCAGAGACAAGCAACGCGUGUAACAUUGCACGCGCGGAGGUCAGUCAUCUAACAAAUAUCAAGACGCCUAUACCUACAAACUGCAGGUUGCAAGAAAGUCUGAACGUCAACGUCAAGCUUGCACCGUCACAUCAUUUAUCAUAUUCGAAAAUUUACACGCGAUCGUGGUUUUAACUGCGUACGAAGAUGAUACCAAGAAAAAAUAUCAAAUUUGUCCUCUGCACGUUUUACCUCUUAUAUUCUUUCGAAAAUGGAGGAAAAACUGUAGCAGAGACUCGUCAGAAUGACGCAGAAUUUUCCGAAAAUACAAUUUCAUCGAACGAUUAUGAAUCCGAGUAUUCGUCGGUGUCACCAACUGUGAACUUGGAACCAGAUACAACAGUUGACUAUUUUAGCACUACUAAAAAUUCGGAAACUCGAUUGAUUGACGAUACUACCGAUAACUCGACUACUUUGACAAAUGGAACGAGCUCUGAAGUCAAUUGUACAGACACGCCAAGCUCUGUACAAAACUUAACAGUAUCGAGCACGUACAGUAGCCUUACUUUGAGUUGGUCACCUGUGGUAUCCAGCGAAGAGUGUAUACAACUGUAUAACAUAACAUGGAAUUCAGAAUCUAGUGACGAUUUCGAUUAUGAUAUCGUAUAUUCACCUGCCUCAGAGUACGUCAUCUCAAAUCUAACAUCGUGUACGUCAUACGUAAUCAGCGUAGUGGUAGUUGGAGAAAAUGGAAAUGUCAGUAACGCAACAACUGUUACAGGCAACACCACCGAAUCGCAAAUACCGCAGGUGAAUAAUUUGGAUGUCGAACCACUUGAGUAUGGGCUGAACGUUACGUGGGAUCCUCCGGACAAUCUGUCUUGCUUGAAGUAUUACCUCGUCAACGUAACAGCAGAGGGUGAUUUUGUCGAAAAUUUAGCAAAUGCCUCGAGCGAAGUAACAUUCUAUACGUUUAGCAACUUAUCAGCUUGCACGAUGUAUACCGUACAAGUAACUCCUAUCAGUACAAACGAUAACUACGGAACUGCUUCUCGUAUUAACGGCGAAACAUCAGCUUCCACUCCAGGCGCAGUGAGGAAUUUGACUGUACUAACGCAGAACAUCACUGAGUCCUCGAUAUAUUUAACAUGGUCAGAACCAUCUUUAAAUCCAACUUGUGUUUUAUACUACAAAGUUGAUACGUGUUACGAAAACAAUUGUACAGAAGACAUAACCGCGAGUUUAUUCUACAACGCAACUAGUCUCAGCCCAUGCCGGAGUUACACGUUUAACGUCAGUGCAGUUGGAUCUAACCAUUCAUCAGAAUCAGCGACAGAAACGGCACGAACCACGUAUCUCGCUCCAGGCGAAGUGAGUGGCCUGGCUGCACCAUCCCAGAAUGUAACUGGGUACUCGGUGUAUUUAACUUGGUCCGAACCCAGUUUAAAUCCAACCUGUAUUCUAAAUUACAGUAUCAGUAUUUGUAACGAUAACAAUUGUACCGAAAACCAUACUCGUGAUGUAUUCUAUAACGCUACCAGUCUCGAUCCAUGUCUGACCUACACAUUUACCGUCAACGCCAUCGGAUUUGUUGGUUCAUCUCAUACAGCCAAUACAACUGCUACAACCUCAUAUGUCACACCUGGAAUACCGACGUCAAUGACAGUAACGCCUGGUCAAUAUUCCUUGUACGUUUCUUGGGAACCACCAUCAACUGCACCGACGUGUGUAAACCAUUAUCAAGUAAUGAUAUUAAAUGGGACAACACAUUCCAUUACAGACACGAAUAUUACACUAUCUGAUUUAAUUGCCUGCAAAUCAUACAUCAUUCAAAUCACCCCUGUAUGGACGAGUGACGAGGGAGAGUCUGGUACUAUUGAAGGCACUACUGAAGAAAGCGUCGAUGACCCACCAGUGCAAGAUAUUGUACCCUGGGUAACUAAAAGCACAAUUUCAGUCGGCUGGCACAUUGACAGGGACAACAACGAAUGUGGUCUUACUUCCGUCCUAACUUAUUGUAAUUAUACAAUAAGUGAAGGACGCGGCUAUGAGUUGGUCAACGGAUUUUCUACAGAUGACAUUUCGACUUUUAGUUCUGGAACCAAUGUGACGAUUAAUGUAACACUUUAUAAUCUCAGUCCCUUCACAUACUAUGAAUGCUACGGAGUGACUGUCAACUCUGCUGGGCAAAGCGUAAAUGGAGAGAACGUUACUGUGAGAACAUCUGAAGAUGUUCCAUCUGCACCUAGUUUAGAAGCACUUAAUUUGACAAGUUCUACGUUUAAUUUGGUUUGGGAAAGUCCUAACUAUCUUCCAGGAAAUUUAAUUGAAUAUGAGAUAAUUUUGGGAUUGCAGCGACUAUUUCUUCAGCCUAGUUUCUGUAUUUACAACGACUCGUCAAAAACUAUUUCGGAUAUUAACGGAACAACUCUUGCAUACGCUUACUUAGAGGCUGUACCUUAUUCAAAUUAUUCUGCAAGUAUCAAAGCAAGGACUAACGCUGGUUGGGGGAAUUACAGCAAUUAUAUCAGUUUUCAAACUCUUGCAGGAGUUCCUGGUGCUGUUAAUAAUGUUGAAUAUUCAAAUAAAACAAAUGCGAGCAACAUUGAUGUGUUAGAUACAUUUCUUAGCUGGCAACUGCCUUGCUCAUUAAACGGAGAAAUAGAAUUCUUUAAUGUAUAUGUAAGCGGAACGAGGGACGGAUACGAUGACCACGAAUUUAACCGUACCUAUAACGUUUCGGAAAUCGUCGACGCAGAUACGAAGUUUACAAUGAAUUUUGGGCAGCUGCGAGCAGAGUACAGUUAUAUUUUUCAAAUCUCCACCAAAGUCAAGGGAGUUUCUGAAAAAGGACCCUUGACUAACUACAGUGUGAUUUAUCCUGCUGGGAUUCCACCUUUGCCAAGCAGUUGGUACAUGACACAAAUAAAUAUUGACCCGUACAAAGCUCAGAGAAGUUUGAGUACAGCCUGGGUAUUAUUGCCUUUGUUUGAAAACACAAAUGGCGAAAUCCAGUAUUAUGCUAUAAUGGUAUCAGAGAUUGGUCAAAGUACUCAAAUUAGUCACAGAUUGGAUGUACGUAGUGGUGAAUGGCCAAAUGCGACUCUGUGGCAAGAAGCUAUGCCUUACAAUCCUGUUGUUAGUUAUCAAGCGACCCCAGUCAGAUGGCACCCUGCUUCAACAGAUAAUAUUGUGGAGUCGGGGAAAAUUAAAGCAAUCAAAUUUAUGCUCGGUGGAAAUCUCACAUGCCCCAAAUUAACAUCUAACUCAAAUCGUGAGGCGUCAUACUGCAAUGGACCACUUCAAUCCGAUUUAAAGUAUGAAGUUCGUAUGCGUGCAUUCACCAAUGGAGGAUAUCAAGAUUCUGAAACCAUCAUCGUCAUAACGAAAGCUGAAUUUAACUUGGGCUUGGUGAUUGGGGUGGUGUCUGGAAUAUUGUUUUUUGGAAUAAUAUUUCUGAUGAUGUUACUUAUGCGGAAAGGCAGUUGGCAAGCACUAAUAAGAAAUCCCUUGAAUCCCAUUGGACAAACGUCUCCUGUGCCUGACCCAUUUUCAAGGAAGAAAUUUGAAAUUCACUGUCAAGAUCUGAGUGUAAAUCCAGGAAAAUUAAGUAACGAAUUUCAGCUGCUACAGACUCUAAGUGUUGACUUACAAAUGUCAACAAAUGUUGCAAGCCUGCAAGCUAAUAGGAAAAAAAAUCGAUACACGGACAUUUUGCCAUACGAUUUUUCAAGAGUCAAAUUGGAGAUUAUUGACAAUGACCCAAACACAGACUACAUAAACGCGUCGUUCAUACAUGGGUACAGUGGAGCUGUAGAAUACAUUGCCAGUCAAGGUCCUAAGGAAGAAACAACUUAUGAUUUCUGGAGAAUGAUAUUUCAAUAUAACGUGAAAGUUAUAGUUAUGGUAACACAGCUAGUGGAAAAAGGCAAAGAAAAGUGUCAUCAAUAUUAUCCAAACAUGAGAGAACACUUUGAAUAUGAAGAUAUAACUAUAAGGUGUAGCACGCAACUUGAUUUUGUUUUUUACACGCAACGGAAUAUUGUUUUGCAAAAGGGAAAUGAUAGGAGAACGCUAAUGCAUUUGCAUUUUAAAGAAUGGUCAGAUCACGGUAUCCCAGAUGAUUUUCAUUCAAUGAUUCAGUUUUGUCAGAUAGUUCGAAGGCAUAUUAAUGAAAGCAAAAGCGUGGCUGUGAUUCACUGCAGUGCUGGAGUAGGUAGAACCGGGACCCUAAUGGCUAUAGACAUACUGUUACAGCAAAUAAGGGAUAGCAAGAAGCUUGACGUAUUCGGAACAGUUUUUAAUUUGCGAAAAGAUAGGAUAAAUAUGGUUCAAACAGAGAGUCAAUAUGCUUAUAUCUACAAUUGCACCAGACAAACUUUAAAUAAUCCGUACCCAGCACGGCUCGCUAAGCCGCCACCUAUUGAACCGAUAUAUGAGAACCUCACAAAGAAAAAAAAAUCAAUUACAGACUCAAAUACGAAUCUUGUCAACAGCAUCGAAACUUUAAAAAAGAUCAGUCCUUCAUCAUCCAUGGAUUCUAUGGAGCAGAUUUACGAGUUCGCAGCUCAUCGACCAAUUUAUAGUACUCAGCUAAGCACUCUGAGCACUGGGUUGAGGUAUUCCAAAUCAACUAGCGCAAUCAAUACUCAAGCACCACCUAGCAUGGAGAUAGUCAGAUAUGGAAGCCAUGAGUAUCCCAUCUUUGAGCCAGCACCAGAUACCAUAUCAAGCAGAGGCAGUAUGGACAGGAACGUAUUGCUAGAGUUUGCAAGACCUUUAGGUCUGAGAAUGGACUAGUCUUUUUGAGAUCUGUGUAUUACGAUAAACGUAUGGGUUUACUUACAAGUUGGAUUUAAGUAUUAAAUCAGUAUUGUAUCUUUCGGUACCCAUUGUUAAAGCUGAAUGUUGUACAAAUUCAGUACAUUGCAUUUCACAUUUCAAAUUACAUUCGAGAGUAUUUAUUAUUUGAAUUCAUGAAGAAAUUCUUACUGCCAUCUUGUUUCUAACUAUACUUAUACUCAUAAUUGAAACAACUAACUGGACAUUGGAACAUAAGUUGCUAUGUUGCGUUUUAUUGCUUCGAUGGUUAUUUUUAUUAUUUAUUGGUAAUCUUGGUUACUUUUUGUUAUGUCCUUACAACUGAGGACGUGCCAUCAUUCAAGUGUGAUAAUACACAAAUAAUGUACCAAAGAUGAAAAUUUUAACAAUUUUAUACUCCGUUAUUGGACGUACUGAAUAAGCUGAUGGAAAUAACAGUGGCCUUUGUAGAUAAGAUGUGGAAAAUGUAUUGCAUCAAUAUAUUGUACAUAGUUUAACGUUAAGAUGAUCUAUAUUUGGAACUGAUGUUUAAUAUUUUUAUUAAAUAAUUACAAAAGAUUUGAAUAGAGCUAAACUAUUUUUACCAGGUAUCGGCUAAGUUUCGUUAAAUUGGUAUAAAAACGGCAUAAAAGCGGUAUAAAGACAGAUCCAGAAAUAAA